UAUAUACUUCAACACCCCCUCUCACGUAUGACGGGAAGACGAGAAGACAAGUCAACACGUGUAGAGAGACAAAGAAGAGGGGGGAGAAGAGAUAAUUUUUAGAAUAAAUUGUGAAAGCUAGGAUUUGAACUCGAGACCUAGGGCUUUGAUACCAUGUUAAGCUUCAUGCACUAGCCGCUUGAACCAAAAGUCCGAACUGAUGGAAAGGGCUAGGCAAUCUACUUAUACACUUCAACAGGUUCCAUGCCUGCCGAAAUUGUGCAAGCCCAAUACUGGAACAUGAACUUGACAAUCUUCUCUUCAUUUCCGGAGCUACAGCUACUGGAUUUCUCUGCAAAUUUCGCUUGUUUACAGAAUUUCGAUGGUCUUCAAGGAUUAAGUAAGCUCAAGCAUCUCAACCUCAGGAACAACUAUUUCAUAGGGAGCAUCCUAGGAUCUGUUAGCAAACUCGUUUCUCUGGAGGUCAUAAAUCUCAGCAGAAAUAACAUGAGUGGAUCUCUUCAAAAUACAGGUUUGGGAAAUCUUCGGAAGCUGCGAAAAUUGCGUUUGGGAUCGAGACCGGAUUUAUGGAGCAGGUGCGCACCGCGCACCCGCAUCUUAACCGUCCAAUGUGCGCAUGGACUCUGGAGCAUAGCAGAAGGAUGUCAGCUUAAUCAGACAAGCUAACUUCGGCUGCAUGCAAAAUUGUUUGACAUCUACUUCUUUUUUGUCAGCAAUUGUGGUGCUCUUGGAACUCACAUUUUGGAGGCAUACAGUGUGUCAGGGCAUGCUUAGGAUAGAUAAAAAAGUAGGCUACAGUACUUCUAGCAUCAUGCAUAGCCUUUCACUCUGGAGCGACAUGCACGCAUGCAAAUUGCAUUUUAUUUUUUAAUGUAAUAGCUGCAUGACAUAGGACUUCUCCACCUGACGAAAAGAAACAGAGUAGGAUUCCUUGCUCUGUGCAUAAAUAGCCAAAACCAGGAUAACUGUUCACGCCAUCACUUUUUUCAGAUUGGACAAAACAUC